GCGCCUCCUCCGCGGGAAACAAAAAUGGCGAGGGGCUGCGCCGGGGCCGGGCUGCCCGUGAGGCGGGUCUGACCGUCCCCCGCCGCCUUCCGCCGCGGGUGCGCGCCCGGGGGACCCGCUGCGCAGCGAGCGCCCGGCCGCACCUCACCGCACCGCGCCGCCGGGGGAGGCUCCCGAGCUCGCCGAUUUCCCUGUAUGAGGCGGUUGGCACCACUGGAGAGACCGAAUGAGAGACUCCACAGCGGUGGGUAAUUCACUGGUCCAGAAGCGGUCUCCUUUACGUCGCAGCCAUAAGAGCUCAGCGUCUCUGGCCAAGCUGUCGCUACGUGAUGGACAGAAACCCAAAAAGCCACUUUGUAAAUUUGAGGAAGGUCAGGAUGUCCUAGCUAGAUGGUCAGAUGGCUUGUUUUAUCUUGGAACUAUCAAAAAGAUAAACAAACUGAAACAGAACUGCUUCAUUAUAUUUGAAGACAGUUCCAAAUCCUGGGUUCUCUGGAAGGACAUACAAACAGGAGCCACUGAGAGUGGGGAAAUGGUCUGUACAAUAUGUCAGGAAGAGUAUUCAGAAGCACCAAAUGAAAUGGUUAUAUGUGAUAAAUGUGGGCAAGGUUACCAUCAGCUGUGUCACACACCAAACAUUGAUUCCAGCGUGAUUGAUUCAGACGAUAAAUGGCUCUGUCGACAGUGUGUCUUUGCAACAACAACAAAGAGAGGUGGUGCGCUUAAGAAAGGACCAAAUGCCAAAGCACUGCAAGUCAUGAAACAAACGUUACCAUAUAAUGCAACAGACCUUGAGUGGGAUGCAGGUCAUAAAACCAAUGUCCAGCAGUGUUACUGCUAUUGUGGAGGACCUGGAGACUGGUAUCUAAAGAUGUUGCAGUGCUGCAAAUGUAAACAGUGGUUUCACGAGGCUUGUGUGCAGUGCCUCCAAAAGCCAAUGCUUUUUGGUGACAGGUUUUAUACGUUCAUUUGCUCAGUUUGCAGUUCUGGACCAGAAUACCUCAAACGUUUACCCUUGAGAUGGGUAGAUAUAGCACAUCUAUGCCUUUACAACCUAAGUGUUAUUCAUAAAAAGAAAUAUUUUGAUUCGGAGCUUGAACUUAUGGCCUACAUUAAUGAAAACUGGGAUAGAUUGCAUCCUGGUGAGCUGGCAGACACACCAAAAUCUGAAAGAUAUGAGCAUGUCCUGGAGGCAUUAAAUGAUUACAAGACUAUGUUUAUGUCUGGAAAAGAAAUAAAGAAAAAGAAGCAUUUGUUUGGUUUGAGAAUUCGAGUUCCUCCUGUGCCACCCAAUGCUGCUUUAAAGGCUGAUAAAGAACCAGAAGGAACUUCACAUGAGUUCAAAAUUAAAGGCAGAAAAUCAUCUAAACCAAUCCCUGAUGUGAGGGAGUUAAGUAAUGGUAUAGAAAGAAAGGGGAAAAAAAAAUCAGUAGGUCGUCCACCUGGUCCCUAUACAAGGAAAAUGAUUCACAAAACUCCAGAGUCAUCUCCUCUGGACAAUGAACCAGUUCCAGUGAUAGAGAACCCAGCCUUGGAAUUACCCUGCGCUGUUGGAAAAUCUGAUGGAACUGCACAUUCAUCCAAUACCUCAGAUGUGGAAUCCACAGGUGCUGCCAGUAUGAAAGAAACUACCUCAUCUAACAUUUCCAGACAUUAUAGUUUAUCUGACUCGAGAAAAAGGACUCGUACAGGAAGAACUUGGCCUGCUGCAAUACCACAUUUGAGGAGGAGAGGCCGCUUUCCACGAAAAGCACUCCAGACUCAAAAUUCAGAAAUUGUGAAAGAUGAUGACAGCAAGGAAGAUUACCAGUAUGAUGAACUCAAUACAGAGAUACUUAACAACUUACCAGAUCAGGAGUUACAGCUCAAUCAUCUGAAGAACUCCAUCACUAGUUAUUUUGGUGCAGCAGGUAGAAUAGCUUGUGGGGAAAAAUACCGUGUGUUGGCUCGUCGGGUGACACUUGAUGGAAAGGUGCAGUAUCUUGUGGAGUGGGAAGGAGCAACUGCAUCCUGACUGUAGGACUGAACAUUAUGUUCACUGCACUGUCAUCUGUAAGUACAGCUCGUAAUGCAGAGCCACGAGAGAAACGGUCUUUAAAAAACAAAACCAGUUUAGCCUUAACGUGUAAUUGUUAUCAUUACAGCUCUUGUGAUAAAGACUUAUCUUUUUAAAAUCUGAUCUGAGACUUAAAUUUUUUAAUCUGAACAUUGUUAGAUUGUUUUAGGUUGGGAUAUUUUGGGUUACAAUUGCUUAAAAAUGUGCAUGGUGUUUAAAAAAAGAUGACAUUUUCUAGAGAACAUUCCAUGGAUACAGUUAUUGUGAUUUAGAGAAAAUAUUAUGUAGAUAGCACAAAUAUUUGAAAAUUCUUGGUUUGUUUUCUUACCCAAAUGUUUGCAGAAAUGUAUUUCUAUUUCAAUACUUUCUAGAUUUCAUAAGUGCAGUGUAUAUAAUGCCUACUGAAGACUGUAAAAUACUGAAGUUUUCUUUCAAACAAAGUGUAAAAAAAAACAAAAAAAGAAAAAAAAAAAGAAAAAAAUAUAUUGAGCCUGUAAAUUGCUCUGUGACCAGACUUCAUUGUCUUCUUAAUAUAUUCUGUGUGUGUGCGUGUGUGUGUGUGCGCGUAUAUACAGAGGUGUAUAUGCACACACAGAGCUGGGCGUGUAUAUAGAUGUGUGGUUGUGACCUAUGCAAUACAAAUUAUGGGAUCGGUCAGCUUCUGAGAACACAUCCCAUAAUUCUUUUUUCAGGAAUAGUUGCCAGUAUUUACACAGCAGCAUUUCUUCUCAGGCUUAUUGGGUGCUGUUGCUUUUUAUGUACUAAGGAAAAGUGUCCAACCAGUGCAGCAUGUUCUGGCAAUGGGUGCAGUCGUUGAUGUUCACGUGCUCUACAUUCCAUUGUUUUCCAUUUGAAUUAACCGUUAAAAAUUAAUGCGGGGUCUGAAGAUUUUGAAAUGAAUUCUACUGGAAAUAACAAUUUGAAAGCUCUUGUGGCACUCUGAUUGUAAAUUUCAUGUCCCAGUUAUAAAGAAAGUUGACAGGAGUUGUGCAGGAUUUCUACGCACCUGUAGAAACAGUCAUAUUUUGAUAAAUGUAGUAUGAACUAAGUAUAUUGUUGCACAGGGUCAACAAAUGUUGCCAUUUGAAGUAACAUUACUGAUUUUAUUACAACAUUACCUCUUUUGUGUUUAUAAAAUGUACCAAGUUUUAAAUUGGUAAGAUUAUUUUACUUGUUUAAAAAAAAAAGUCAAAAAGUCUCUUGCCAGUAUUAGAUGUUUUUUCUUUGUCUGCUACUUUUGAGGGGGUUUUAGCCAAAGAGUAAACAGAAGAAUAUUUUUACUUUGGUGGUUAUUCACUGUACUGUAUAAGGUUAGUUUUCUUACAUGCUUACAGUUUGCCACCAAAAUAAAAUUAUGUAACGUUAACAAAUGACAGAGUGGUUUAAAGUGUACUGCCUGAGUUAGUACUUACUUAUUCCAUUACUUGGUUAUUACUUGGACUUUUUCUGCUUAUCUUGAACAUCUUGAAAAGGUGAUUUUUUUUAUUUUUUUUUCCUGAUUUUUUCUUUUUGUCACCUUAUAGCCAAAGGAAGCAGAGAAAGCUUUUUAUCCUGGUCUUGGCUUAUGGCUGUCUGGGUUAUAUUAGCUUUAUAAAAAUGCUAAUUAAAAACUCCCACUUCUGUUUACCUUCACUAAAAUGUGUGGGUUUUUUUCUCACACCCUCAGCUAUUAAUUUAAUGUUGCCUUGCCUAUAGCUGCAAUAUUUUGAUAACACAGCAACUUCAUGUUAAUUUUUUGAAUGUUUAUAUCUUGAGAUAAUGCAAAAUGUAAAGCCUUUGUAACCUUACUCACACCAUCUGUAUUUGUCUUUAUUGUUUCACUUUAUCCAAGUCCUUUAAUUCUAACUGAACACCAGCAGUAUUUUUCAUAAAGAUUCAUUUAACAAAAAAUAUUGGAAUGUACUUGGGGACUUUAGUGGGGGAGGUGUGGGGAGAAAACACUUGUCAGACUUCAGCUGUCCAUAGACCUAACUAUUGUGAAUGUCAUUUCAUUUUAUUAUGGUGGUUGACUUAACUCUGAUGUUCAGUUUGUAUUUUUGGAAUUGCUUUUCUCUUAGAAUUAAAAGACCAACAUUAAAUGUGUGUAUUUUUUGAGAGAGAAGAAUGAGUUUUGAUUCUGUACUCUUGUGAAGCACAUACUUGGUGGCAUCCUCCCAUCCAUCAUUUCCCAAUCUCUAGCUUUCCUGUUCCUGUCCUGGAGACACUUGCCCUGCACAUAGACACUAACUGGUGUUCCAGCUAUGGUUGAGGGAUGCUUUGUUACAAGGUGUCAUGUACUGGAAAAUGCUGCAAUAGUGCUGCUGAAGAUAGAGCUAGAGUAGUAAUUAAAGCACACCUACAAAUGCCUUUCUCAUUUUAUGUGAAUUUCAUUGUAUGUAGUAGUGGUGUGUCUAAAGGAAAAAGACAAAUGUUGCUGUAUGUAAUGAUUUCAUUUUGGUAUAACUCGAUCAUUGUAUGUAUGCAUGUGUGUAAAUAUAUGUAAUUCGACUUUGUUGUGGUCACUGAUUUAGAACCAUUUCUAUGUGUAUAUUUAAUAUUUUCCCAUUAUGUUUUAUUUGUAUCACAGUAGUAUUUAGGUAGGAGAAGUCUCUUGUGACCGUUCUAAAAAUAUAGGUAUCGCGUGAACGAGACAGCAGAGAGGUAAUGGCACAAUACUGGUCAGAAUUGUAAAAUAGGCAUCAUAACAAACUAUUUGUCAAAUCAUUGUUCUCAACAAAAUCUUCAACGGGAAUUUUGAAUAAAACUAUGGUUUUUCUAUGCAUAACAGGCAUUUUGAGUGAGAUUGCAAAGGAAUU